GGUAUGAAGAUUCGGUCCGUCAACACGUGUUUUACUGCUGUCCUGAAACAUUGAUUUCACUGUAGAUUUGAUGCUAUAAUUAAUACACGGAAAACAUUUAGUGGACAUUUAGUGUCAACAUUUAGUUUCUGGAAACCGGCUUCGCUUUCCAAAUCAGCAGAUUUUAAAGAAGAAAAGCAUGGCGCUGGCACUGUCCUCUCCGUGUGGACUCCCCUUUGACGAGGAGGAGGAACUAGCUGUGUUUGAGUCUACAGCAGCAGAAUUUGGAGGCCUGGUCAGACCUCGUCUACCUGAGAUCUCUGUUAUUUCCCCGGGUCUGGAUAUUCAUCCGACCAACCCAGAACAGAAAGUAGCAGUAAAGACUGGAAGCUCUGAUGAAGGAACCACAGAGAAAGUGAAGGUUUUUCUGCGUAUUCGUCCACUUACUGACACGGAGAGACAAAGAGGAGAAGAACAGGGCUGUGUGAUGGUCCAAGAUGAAGAGACUUUGCUGCUCAAAGCGCCACAGGAAUCUCAGAACAUGAGGACAGCAGAGAGGGGCAUCACCCAGAGCAUUCACAAGUUCAGUUUCACAAAGAUUUUUGCUCCAGAGACGACUCAGCAGCAGUUUUACGAGGGCACGAUGAAGAAGAUGGUAACGGAUGUUCUGAAAGGAGAGAACCGACUCCUCUACACGUACGGCGUCACCAACUCUGGAAAGACUUACACGAUCCAAGGUGGUGGUCAGGAGGCAGGCCUUUUGCCCCGGGCUUUAGCGUCUCUGUUCAGGAAGCUGCAGGGUCGUCUCUAUGGGGCCAUGGACCUGAAGCCUGUUAUGUACCAGGAUGUGAGGAAGCUCGACUCCAGUGAGAUUAAAACAGAGGAAAUGCGCAGAAACUCUCUUCUUAAAGAGGAUAAGAAUCUGAGUUCUCGUCGAGUUGGGGCCACAUCAGUCUGGGACAGUGGCGUCGGAGGACUUUCUUCUACAACUAACUUUGCAACUCAGCUUGAAGACUCUGACUGUGUGUGGCUGGAGCCGGACAGCCUGUCUCACAGUGGAGGGGACGACCUGGAGGACGGMGUGCAAUUUUCCAUCUGGGUGUCUUUCUACGAGAUCUACAAUGAGUUUCUGUACGACCUGCUGGACGCCUCGCCCUCCCUGCAGCCCCGAAAGAGAGCUACUCUGCGCCUGAGUGACGACAAGCAGGGCAAUUCUUACGUCAAAGAUCUCACUUGGAUCCAAGUCCGCAGUGCUGAGGAGGCCUGGAGGAUUCUGAAAGCUGGAAGUCGUAACCAGAGCUUUGCCAGCACUCACCUUAACCAAAACUCCAGCAGAAGCCAUAGUAUCUUCUCCAUCCGUGUCCUGCAUGUCCAUCCAGAGGCCAGUUCAAGCCAGGCCAUGCYCAUCAGCGAACUGACGGUGUGUGAUUUGGCUGGCUCUGAGCGCUGUAAACAGCAYCGUAACGGCGAGAGGAUGAAGGAGGCCAACAACAUCAACACCUCCCUCCUGACAUUGGGCCGAUGCAUCACUGCCCUGAGGCACAACCAGAACAGCAAGUCGCGGGGCCCUCAGGUGGUGCCCUUCAGGGACAGCAAACUGACCCGCGUCCUGCAGGGUUUCUUCUGCGGGCGUGGAACCUCCUGCAUGGUGGUCAACAUCAAUCCGUGCGCCUCCGUUUAUGACGAGACCCUGCAGGCUCUCAAAUUCUCUGCCAUUGCCACUCAGCUUGUCCACGGCCCGUCCACAAAGACCAGAGUUGCCUACAUCUUGUCUCUGCUCCGCGAGCCGACCGCCAACUGUAACGAAAGCYCAGUGAUGGAGGAGGAAGAAGAGGAAAGUGACGUCGAAGAUGGAGAUAUCUCCCUGUUGAACACUCAGAAUUUGCUGGAGACCAUCGAUAUCCUGAAGAGAGUCGUGCGACGCCAGCAGAUUGAGAAAGAAGUUCUUGAAGCUAAUGUGAGAGAAGAGAUGAUGUCUGAGGUUAUGGAAGUUGUGAAUCGAAUGCAAAAGGAUUUCAAUGAGACCUUGGAGACACAGAUUGCUAUAACAGAGGAGAAGUAUGAGACCAAAAUAACAAUUCUGGAGACGCACCUGAAGAAAUACUACAGGCAGGAGCUACAGGAGCGUGAUGAGGAGAUCGAAGCGUUGUCUGCUUUACUUGAAAAGAAAAGUAGUAAGGAAGAAGCCGUUCCCUUCUCGGUGCCUCAGGAGAACUCUGAGGGCCCCCGGCGUUCUCAGCGCAUCUCCCAGACUGGAUUUAACAAACUCCGCGUUGAGCUCGACCAGUGCCGCGCGGAGCUUCUUACUAAGACCCAGGAACUGACGAGGCUGAAGAUGGAGCUGGAGGUUCCGGGUUCAGCCGGCCUUCUCACCAACGCCGCCGACCGCAAGCUGCAGGAGGGUCAGCGGAACCUGCAAAAGCUGCGCCUGGAUCUGCAGAGGCUGGGAACUGACCUGCAGUCUGGGGAGCGAGCUUGUUGUCGCAACACAGGAGGGGAGAGGCUGCGGCACACAUUAGCAGCCGCUGAUGAGACUGUAGUUAAACAGAACCAGAUCCUGAUGGAGCUCCAAAACAACCUGAUGCUGGUCAAAGCAGAACUGCGGCGGAAAGCGGAGGCCCAGACACUGACCGGAUGUGCCCAGCUGCCCCCCUCGAGCUUUGCCGUCCCCACCACACCCGGCUCCUGCAAAAAGAGGGGCUGUGUGGCCACCACCCCGAGCGAAACCGAAAACCGGCAUCCGCAGAAACGCCCCUUUCUCCAGUCUCUGUUCCCCUCACGUAGAUACAACGCCCYGCCUGCUGAAGGCAACGUUACCCCGUACUCACGGAUCUUGCGGUCUCGUCAGCCAUCGCCUCCUCCCAGCCCUGUCCUCACCCCACGCACCCUCAGGGGGAGGUACUGAGCUCUUCAGGACCCCAAAGGUUUUAAACGCAAAACCUAAAAGCUAGAUCAAUUUAUGGCAUUUUAAAAUAUAUAUUUUGUAUCUUAUAUUUACAUUUUUCUGUGCGUUCUACUUACUGUCAAGCCAAAAACAGUUAAAAAAGAAGUGCUUUAAAAACUGAUCAGUAUCAAAAGCAAGGUUUCUCAAACUUAUUGGGUCUGAGGACCCCUUACAAAGAAACAUAUUCCAGGGACCCCCCUCAUAAUCCUCAUACUGAUUUAAAAUUGAUUUACUGUCAUUUUAAACCCUAAAUGCCAUGGGAAUAAUUGUUUGUUUGGUGGUGUAUGUCUGUUUUACUGGUGCCUUGUCCUCCUCAUGCAUUUAUGCAGUUUUUUUAAUGAAAAGCAAAAUUAACAGUUUGCUUUAAUUUUUUGAGGCCCCCCAAGUUACAUCUUGCGGACCCUUGGGGGUCCUAGGACCCCAAUUUGAGAACCUCUGAUCUAAAGGYCUUUGAGGUCAGGGUAGUGCAUGAGUGUGUGUAUUAAACAUUUUAUUUGUGUUGCUUUCACACACCUUGGCUGUACAAAUUUAUGUUUGCUUCCUUCACUAGAUUACUAAAUAUUUCAUCACAACUAAUGUGUUUCAGUUGCUGCUUUUUUGUGCGUUUGUUGUUUAAUGAAUGUUUGUUCUUCCUUCGCCACUUUCUAAACAGAAUUAUGUUUAACAUCUGAAAAGUGAUGGUAUUUGAUUUGUCAUUUUUAAAUGUUCUUUUUAUUGAGUCUGUCACCUUUUAUUACUUUUGUUUGUUCAACUCUUUAUAUAACUUAACUGUAUUAAAACAUUUUCAGAACAAA